CCAGGAAAGGGAGCUCCGCCUGAUGUUCUUGGUAUUUUAGGCCUUUUUGUUUGACACGAGCGAUCACUCCCGAUCGCAUCAGCACUUGCGCAAACCAAACUACGCAAGCGUUUGAUCACUCGGGCAAAACGGCUAAUUGUGCGGAAUAAAUGUCUUAUCAGUUAACACAAUUCUAGUCGUCUUUUGUGAAUCAAGCAAGUGACAUAGACAAUACAAAGCCGGUACAUCAAAACACAGGAUACAAAGCCAGUACAUCAAAACACAGAAAAUAUAAAAAAAGAUAAUAAUGGAGAUCUACUUUGGACUUGGACAUAUCCAUCGAUUGAGAAAGAACUUAAAGAACUCUUGAUGAAGAAGUGUCCUUUGGCAUGUGGCAUUGAUGGCACACCAUUUGUCUAUGGCCAGUUCAAUAAAAGUUGGUACCAUUUUAUAACAGUGAAAAUAUCAGAAAAUUCUAAAUUGCCAAUGGUGACUGCUAUAAGUUUGGUCAUCAUUUCAAAGAAUUUCAACCCAGAACUGUGCAAUGCUGUUGGAACUGUCUUUCUGAAAUCGUAUUUAAAAUCAGGAACCCCAACCAGCACAUUGACAGGGUUCUUGACAUUGUAUACCAAGGGUUUUGUUGAGGAUGAUUCUACUGGAGCUAUUGUUACAUCAAAAGACUUUGACCCAAGGAAUGCGUUGCUAAAGAUCUGCUUAAAAGAAGUAAUUCAGUUGUUUGGAGUGGAAGCCAUCCUCAUAUACGCUGCACUACUUUUGAAAAAGAGGGUUGUUGUCUUCAGCAACAAGAUUGACACCCUUCUUCAUGUCUGCAGGACCCUUCCUGCGUUGGUUUGGCAUAGGCAGGAUUGGAGUAUUGUAUCUCCAUUUACAAGUUUCGAUGAUGCUGAAAUAAACGAGCUGAAAAGAAGGCCUACAUUUGUUGCUGGAUUUAUAGAUCCGACGGUUGAAGAAAGGACUGACCUCUAUGACAUUUUUGUCAAUUUGCAAGAUGGGGAAAUAACUAUCAAUCCUGAUGCAAAAGAGUACUUUCAAAUGGGUAAACUUCACAAGGAGAUUGCAGUGUCCCUAGUAGAGGCUGCAAACGAUGAAGAUGUCACCGACCAACAAGUAGUGAAGCUUUUGGCCGGCAAGACUAAAGAUAUAAUUUCAAAUCUGAAGUCACUUGGCAUUAAUGAAGACGGUGUUGAAGCUGGUAUCACUCUGGAAACAAUAAAAUCAAGAAACUUCUCUGCUGUUAUGCAAAAUUUUCUGCUUCAUCUUGCAUUUGCAGAGAAUUUAGUGAAAAACUAAUAAAAUUUGCUCAGUCUGAAAGAAGAGAAUUUCUUUUAAAUAGAGUUACCAGAAAACUAUUUUUUAAUUGAGGAUUUAAAUGAAUAAACGCAGAAUAGAAGGAACAACAGAUAUUGAUAAUUCUUACUAUGUCAGAGAGGAAUAAGGUAAUUCUUUUUUCGUAGUCUAUGUUUGUUAAUUGCAUUAUUUUUAUUGAAGUAAACUUCAAAGCAAAUGACGUCGAUACAUGUUUCACUGUUGUUUCGCAGGAGUAAAUGUUAUCUGAAUGCAUCUUUUUUUAAAGCUACAUUUCAUGAAGCAUUCUAAAAACCAGUUAAGCUUUUGCAGUAAUUUGUAAUUUGAAAAUUUGUAAAUUAAA